AUAUUCACGGCAGUGGAAACUCGUGCAGAUUUCGAACGACAGUUGGUGAGUGCCGUGCCAAGGGCGAAAGUCGGCGACGCGCGCGGGAUAUAUUCGCGCGGCCUAGGACAUUCCGGAGUACGAGAGGACGACCGACCGGCCGAUGUCACGCCGCCGAGAUAUUAGUGCGCAUGUGCGCGGGUUACACUUGACGGGCUCAAAAAAUCAAUGACCUCUCUCCCUCGGCCGUGAUCUCGCGAAAUAUAUUCGUCGUGGUAUAACGAAAUAACGCUUGUCGGUCUCCGCGAUUCGCACGCGAGGAUCGCUUCAUUAUCGAGACAAAACAUCGCGUCGCGCGCGCGCGAUGACACGCAUCUCGCUGGCAUCGACGACGACGACACGCGGGGCAGGAGAGGGGAGAAGAGCGCGAGAACGCGGAGAGAGAAGAGAAGAUGGCCGGCGCGAUGAGGGUGCAGCUCGGGUGGCGGCGCUAGUGUAAGACGGCCGAAUAGCGGUAUACGCGGUGGAAACCAGCCGGGCAACCUCCACCGUUCGACACCGUCGCUCGGCGCUUCAGUUCGUGUCCUCUCGCUGUACACGACGGUGCGGUCGCGCCGGCGUCGUUCCUCGUUUCGCGAAAUACAAACUGAACAGAAGGGAGAAAACGUAAAAGAGCGUGUAAGAGAGAGAUAAACGUAAAGGAGAGAACGAACGGACUUGUGUGUCGCGCGAGAGAAAAAUAACCGUGGAAUUCGAAUCGAUAAACAAACAUCGGAACAGUAACACGGGUGUCUAUACAUCGAGAGAUCGUCGUUUGUUUUUAUUCUCUAUUCAUGCUCGGAGUUGAAACGCGAGUCGCUCCAAAGGUGUCGUCAGUCGCACCGGCAACUUCGCACCGAAGAAGUCUACAAUGUGAAAGUGGUGAUAAUCCAGUGCGCGGCUUAAAUCCGUUCGCGACGCGUUCCAUCUACGAUAAAUUCUUCUCGCCGAUUAUACGGUGCAACGAUUCGCGACUCGCGUCUGUACGAGUGGAGUGGUGAACCGUUGAAAAGAGAGAGAGAAAAGGGGAGGGAAAAAGGAGAGACAAGCGCACGCGAGAGAGGAGCGCGUACACUCUCUCUCUCUCUCUAUCUCUCUCUCUCUCUCUCUUUCCUCGUCGCGUCGCGCGCGCGGUGCACCGCCGCCGUCCGUCCACCUUUCGCGUUGCCGCGAAUGCACGGGAUAAAAUGGCGCUUGCUUUCGUCCGUGCACCUCUAUCGACCGUGACGAACUGUUCGACGGGAUCGCGUCGGCAUCGCUCGCCGCGGCCCUUCUGAGGGAAUCAACGAUAUCCCGUGUGCAACUCGUCGUCGUCGUCGUCGUCGUUCCUCCCCCUAUCCGGGGAUCCAUCGUCGGACGUUGUCGUGAUCGUCGUGCCCCUUUCUUUAUCUCCACCGUCGGGGUACCGUGCGCGAAAUACCGAGUGUGUAUAUGUGUGUGCAAGUGCCAGAGAACAUCGGGAGCUAUCAAAAGCGGCAAUUUCGGAGCGAAGUGCCUGUCGACGAUGGAGUGAAUUCUAGAUUUAGCAGCCAAUAAAACUGCUCUUCGUUUAUCAGUGACAGAGGCUUGGAUCCACAUCGAAGAGUCGAAAUUGGCAAAGCAAGAUCGAGUCUGCUAUACAACUGUAUCACCAUGUAAAGUAAAUGAGAAGAAUUAGUUUCCGUUUGCCAUAUUAAAGAAAAACACAUGUUAGGGAUGAAGCGAGACGACGUGUAAAUGCGUGUUUGGCUCAGUGAUAUUAGUUAUCACGUGCACUUAUAACAUUGUUAUUUAUCAUUAACGAACGUAUGAUCAGCACCGCGAGUGCGCUGAAAGAAUUCUGGAAAUAGUGAAAAGCCGCGGAACGAUAAGCUGGAGCAUAAGCGGGUGAGGAAAGCUGUGGCCGGUGAAGAAGGCGGAGGUGGUGGGUGACGAAGAGGGUGCAGGAAUUGGACGGUGGCGACCGGUGGUGGUCGUGACGGGCAAGACGACAAUCGAGGCGCGAAGCGAGGCUUCGAGGAGGCAUGAGGAGGCGAGAGUGACGACACUGCAUCCUCGCGCUGAUCGUGAGAGGACCGGCGGCCGUCCACUGCGGCAGUGUGGGGCCCACACGGCGAUAAGAAUGGCCCCCUUCAAUAUGGCGGGCGUAGCAGGCCUCCUAGCCACCUGCGCCGCCGUUGCUGCUUCCGCUGCCCACCUUCUGCCGUUGCUGCUGCUGCUAAUCUGCCCGCGAGGGACCCAGGCGGAUCAAGUUGUUCUCUUGGACACGACGACAGAGGAGAAACUGGAUUGGACGAGAUACCCGUUCGGGCCUCAAGCUAGCACUCCCGGCUGGGUAGAGGAGUCUUUCACGAACUUCGACAAGGGUAUCAAUUGGCGGAGUUACGUUGUAUGCGACGUAGCGUACAACAAUGUGAACAAUUGGCUGUGGACGCCAUUCGUGGAGAGGGGUCCGGCGAACCGCAUGUACAUAGAAAUAAAAUUCACGACCCGCGACUGCUCGCUAUUCCCCGGGAAUGCUCUCAGCUGUAAAGAGACCUUCAGUCUGCUGUAUUACGAGUUUGAUGCUGCUACUAAGGAACCGCCUCCAUGGGAGCCAGACAGUUAUAAACUUAUCGGUCGCAUUGCCGCGGGUGAGGGUAGAUUCAAUACGAACGCCGAGGUGGUAAUAAACACGGAGGUAAAGUCGAUUCCGGUGACGAAGAAGGGUGUCUACUUUGCUUUUCGCGAUCAGGGCGCUUGCAUAUCGAUCCUGGCCAUCAAGGUGUACUACAUCAAUUGUCCCGAGAUCUCGGUGAACUUUGCCCGUUUCCCGUCCACGCCGACCGGUCGCGAAGUCGCGCUCAUUGAACAAACGCUCGGUAUUUGCGUUGAGAAUGCCGUCAAAAUCGCCCAGCCGACUUUCCUCUGCAAGGGAGACGGCAAAUGGUAUCUACCCACGGGUGGAUGUCACUGCAAACCCGGCUAUCAAGCUGACGUGGAGAAGCAGCAGUGCAAGUUGUGCCCAAUAGGUAAAUUCAAGCACGAGGCGGGCUCCCACACCUGCGAACCAUGUCCGGAGCACAGCAAAGCCUCCGAUUACGGCUUUACGGAGUGUCGUUGCGACCCGGGCUAUUAUCGGGCAGAAAAGGAUCCCAAGAAUAUGCCUUGUACGCAACCACCUUCGGCACCGCAAAACCUGACCGUCAACUUUGUCGAUCAGUCCACGGUGAUCCUUUCCUGGAACGCGCCGCAUAUGCAAGGUGGCAGGUCCGACACGACUUAUAAAGUGGUUUGCGAUGCUUGCAGCACGGAUGUCAAAUACAUUCCUAAUACUGAAACCUUCAACGACACAAAAAUCACGAUAACCGGUCUGAACGCGGUGACUACUUAUCGCUUCCAAGUAUUCGCUCAGAAUGGCGUAUCGUUGUUGACCCAAAAGAAGGAAUACGUCGAUAUUACUGUUACAACAGAAGCUAGUGUGCCGAGUCUAGUGAGCAACGUCAGGAUCACGAGUGUCAAGAGCUCGGAGCUCAGCAUCAGCUGGGACGCGCCAGUCAUCGAAGUCGGCGGAGACAGCGAUCUCGUCGAACGAUACGAAGUGAGGUGUUACCCGCGCUAUGACGACGCCACUAAUGCAACCGUCAUUCAAACGUCUGAGCUGUCCGCCACGUUCAAAGGCCUAAAGGCUUCCACGGAUUACGCGAUACAGGUUCGCGCCAAGACCACCCGCGGCUGGGGCGAGUAUACGCCGGUGGUAUUUAAGAAAACACCCCACGCCAUGGGUUUAGACUACGUCGGCGAGGACGACAACAUGCAAGUUAGGAUAAUCGCAGGGGCAAUCGUCGCUGUCGUCGUACUUCUUGUGAUUAUUAUCAUCAUGACCGUUUUGAUUCUUAGAAGCAGAUUCAUGCGAUUCAUGCGAUUUCGUUGCAGCAGGGCCUCGGACGAGUGCAACAAGAAGCAGCCCAGCGACUGCGAUACUCUGGAGUACCGAAACGGCGAAGGACUAGUUGUGACCUACAUGCACUGCAAAAUGGACAGUUCACCGAUUGUGACAACCCAUACCAACAACAAGAGCAAGUCCUCGCUGACCACGCCGCUAUUCACACCUGCAGUGGGGGUCGCCGCGGCGGGCGCAGGCGGCGCAGGCGGUGCAGGUGCGAGGAGUUACGUGGAUCCUCACACCUACGAGGAUCCGAAUCAGGCUGUACGAGAAUUCGCUCGCGAGAUCGACGCCGGAUACAUCACGAUAGAGGCAAUCAUAGGUGGCGGAGAAUUCGGCGACGUCUGCCGAGGGAAACUGAAGCUGCCUCCUGACGGACGGACGGAAAUAGAUGUGGCCAUAAAAACGCUGAAGCCGGGCUCUGCAGACAAGGCGCGUAACGAUUUCCUGACAGAGGCGUCGAUAAUGGGCCAGUUCGAGCAUCCCAACGUGAUAUUCUUGCAAGGCGUUGUAACGAAGAGCAAUCCGGUGAUGAUCAUCACGGAGUUUAUGGAGAACGGCAGCCUGGAUACUUUCUUGCGCGCUAACGACGGCAAGUUCCAAGUGCUUCAAUUGGUGGGGAUGCUGCGCGGCAUUGCCAGCGGUAUGCAGUAUCUCGCGGAGAUGAACUACGUGCAUCGCGAUCUCGCCGCGAGAAACGUGUUAGUCAACGCCGCUCUGGUUUGCAAGAUUGCCGACUUUGGACUCAGUAGAGAGAUCGAGAGCGCCACGGAGGGAGCUUACACGACCAGGGGCGGUAAAAUCCCGGUGCGGUGGACGGCACCGGAAGCGAUAGCCUUCCGUAAAUUCACCAGCGCCUCCGACGUCUGGAGUAUGGGCAUCGUGUGUUGGGAGGUAAUGUCGUAUGGCGAGAGGCCGUACUGGAACUGGUCGAAUCAAGAUGUGAUAAAGUCGAUCGAGAAGGGCUACAGGCUUCCAGCGCCAAUGGACUGUCCGGAGGCUAUCUACCAGCUGAUGCUCGAUUGCUGGCAGAAGGAACGCACCCAUCGGCCAACCUUCGCCAAUCUCACGCAGACUUUGGACAAGCUCAUACGAAGCCCGGACACGCUGAGAAAAAUUGCUCAGAACAGGGGCACCAAUCCACUGGCGCCGGACGCGGUGGACCUAACGCAAUUGACUUCUGUCAGCGAAUGGCUGGCUUCCAUCAAGAUGUCACGAUACGCGGAAAGCUUCGAGCAGGCAGGCGUGACGACGCUGGAAGCUGCGGCGCGUGUCACCGUCCAGGAGCUCACGGCUCUUGGCAUAACGCUCGUGGGACACCAGAAGAAGAUUAUGAACAGCGUAACGGCGUUACGGGCGCAAAUGUCGGCCACCUCGCAAGGUUUCCUCGUGUAAUAGGCCAUAUAUUAGGGUUACUCAAAUCCUGCAAAGGGAUCGUACGUAAGAAUCGGUCAAUCGGCAUAGAACUUUACUAUCCCAUGGAUCUCACGAAUUUCCAUUCUUCUCCCGAGGUGUCCCGUGAGACGAAUCGCGGGAGACGACGAACCGUGUAUCAUCUAGGACUCGUGAUUACCUAGUCAGAGCGAGAAUAUCCUCGAGAGAAUAUCUCUUUGCGCACAAGUAGAUCCGGUAAAGUAGUUCAGUGGUUGACUGAGGUGAAUCUUCCUGAAUGACACCUCCGAAACAACGCAAACGCCGUCUCGUCGAGAAAUUCCAAACACUCGUACUGCAGACAUUCCACUUUAAUAAGAAUCGAAAAGAUUCAUUUAGAACUCUCCUCGACAAAGCCAGGAGGAAACGAGAAAGUACGAGGACCAUACAUUCGUUAUCUCGCAUUUAAACCACAUACAACGACUUAUCAAACUCGUAGGUACACCUACUGCGAAACUUUCGCGUAAGUAAUAUCUAUAAAUGUCAAAAGAAUCACACUUAUGAUAACGAAUAAUGUCAUUUUUACGUUCAGAUCGAUCAGGACGUCGUAAAAAAUCGCUCUAAAAGAUAUUUGGCGGGAUCAAUGUAACACAUUUUCUUGUACGAAUAACGAGCAUCGAUUUUGUCUUUCGUUUCCUAGACCGUUUUCGUGAUCGACAUACGUAAGAUCAGACUGACAACGGAGUUGCGCGACUCAUCUCUGUAAUCACUGCCGCAAAAUUCACGUUAAAUCUUUCAUCACUAAUGUGAAUAGCCUUUUGUUUUACUUUAAAAUCUCGGUGUAAACCGUUGAAUUGUACAUGCUGUAUAUUUUUCUUCGAAGAUCCGUUGAGAUUUACAGCCGCAUUUUUUAUUCGUCGUGCUUGCGUUUUACGACAUUUUGUACUGAACAGCAGCUCCUUUUAGUACGUAUUAUAUAUAUCUGCGAUAUAAAGCAUUGAACGACGAGCUACAUGUCGGCCUAAAUGUCGUUCGAACACGUCUGCUCCUGGGCCUCGCUUUUUCUAAGUAUACUAAAGUUAUGCCUCUCUUUACGUAACAAUCGAUAUAAUAAUGUGCGUCUGAUAAAAAGAAACAACGCGAUGAUUUAGAAAAGUAGAGAAUCGUAUCACGAACUGUACCAAAAACGGACCGUAAUAGAAUUUUCGAGAUUCAUUAUUUCGUAUAGCGAAUGUAGCGAAUACAUUACACUAUCGUACGUCGCCUCGACAAUGCACACAAUUGACAGAACAAGGACGAGUUACGAAUGAGAGUGAGUGUUUGCGAGAUGUCUAUUAACUGUAACUUUACGCGGUUUUUAUCUUCGCGUUGCCUAUAUAAGAAUGUCGUAUUACGCGGCCUAUAUGGGGAUAUAUCUUUCGAUUAUAAGAAAAACGACAAAACGAACAAGGCGGACAUGUGCCAACGCGAGUGUGCAAGAGUUAUUUUAGCGCGAGACACGAUGUAAACGAGAGGAUGCGAGUGAAUGUGUGCAAGUUGUGUGCAUGAAAUUGAGAGAAUCUACAACCCGCUCUUCGCGCUAUAUUCGUAUGUACACGAGCGUGCGAUCACGAGAAAUUAUUCUAUAUACGUAUAAAGAUAUCUAUUGUACUAUAAAUACGCGAGACAUGUCGACCAGAAAGAACGAACAAAGAAAGACUCUCUAUCGAUAAGAGAAAUCGCCUAAUGACACCGCGAGGAAUGUCUGUUCUCGCUCCAGAAGACAAUGAGCACGAUACGUGAGAAAAUGAAAGAACAGUUUUGAACGCGUCCCACUAUAGCAAGCAAUGCGUCAACAUAUCAACAUUAUUCGGAAUGCAAAGCGAGCAAAGUAGAAAGGGACUUGCGUGCACGAACUUAUCGUUGCUCCGAGAUCUUGAGUCGACGCGACUCCGUUUCUCAUCAUUCUUCCCUAGCAGAUUCUAACGAAUGACGAAAGAGAAAAACUAAAAAAGAGAAGAAUGUAAAAAAAAAGAACGUAUACGCGUAAAUGGUAUGAGAUGUGCGGACAAAAUACGUAUACGCGAGCGACGAUGCGCGCAAUAAAGGCAUCGAGGCUCACCGAUGAUUUUCAUCGAAUGAUUUAUUUCUUCAUUUUCAUAGCCCGAUUGAGGAGUUUUCUCGUGCAAAGCAACGUCCAUUCCAAUAUAUAUGUAUUCGCAUAAUAGGAAUUUUUUUUUUCUUAGAGAACAAAAGAAAAAAAGAGAGAGAGAACCAGAGGCUUGCUUCAUCGUAUCUCGUUACAUCCGUAUUUGCUAAUCGUAAAGACUGUUUCUCGGGCCACGAUACGUACCCGGGAUACAUAUGUUACCGGCUAUUUGUUCUUAAAGAGACCAACAGGGCAGAGAGAAAUAUAUAUAUACACACACAGAAAUAUCGCGCAUGAGAUUGAAACGGCUUCCAAGUGAAUCCGACAAGCCACGGAGAAAUUCUUUUUAUUCUUUAAUUUAUCGAUUUAAUGUGUUUAGUAAUAUAUAGUCGACGAUGUCGAAACGACGAUGAAUAAAAGCGGAAGGCGCGCUUCAACAGGCGAGAUUUUGCGCUCAAUCAGAGAUACAAAGUGGACAACGACAAAGCGAACGACGUAGCGCUUCGCAGCCAGCCAAUUCUCUAUCCAUAUUGCCCUCCCUAUCUUUAAUCACAAAGAGACGAAAGUCGCGCCUGCGAAGCGCGCCGAACGGUCCGAUUAAAAUCGUCUGAUUUCGCUUCUGUCUCGAAGCACGAUCUAACGAUAUUUCGACCGUUCCCUCGUACAUAAAAUGUUACUCGAGAUCAUACUCGUAGCAUUAUAAAAAAAAUGCCGAGAUACGUCCUAGUGUCUUUCGGUUCGCCGUGCCACCUUCCGCGUUCGUUUUGCGAAAAAGGAAAAGAGAAACGAAAAACGGAAGACCGUGCGACGAGAGUAAAAUCUCCCUUAGGAAAAACAAAAAAAAAAGCGAGAGAGAAAGAGUAAGCUACUGAAAAUGGCGACGAUUAAGAAGCAAUAAGUGAAUACACGCAAAUGCAGAUUUUUAUAUAGAGAAUGUUAACAAAUUUCAGAUGAUAUUAAUUAUAGCGCUAUCUUCCUAAAUGUUCGUAUUAAAGGUUAAACGAAAAAAGUACGAUAAAACGUAAGAUGAGAUCGCGCGGAGUCCCGGCCGAAAAAGAGGAAGAAGACAAAAAAAGUUGUACGCGAGUCGAAUUCGCGCCGCGAUCGAUUGUAAUAAAGUUCGGUCGGAACUCCACGAACGAGAGAAAGAGAUUCUUAAAAAUUUUCAAGCUAUAACUAUCUGUGUUUUAGCGACGAAUCUGCGAGUGCGACCUGAAGUUUUGAGGAUGUUGUUAAUUUCGACAAAUCGAUAUUUAGAUUUCAUAGAGCUCUAUCAAUAUCACACACAUACACACACACGGCCACGUGUAGGCGCAAGAGAAAAAAAUAUGCGAAACUGAGGAUGUAUCAAUCGAUAGCGAAAGUAUCUCGUGUACAACUACUCCAAUUUUUUUUAUAUUCUGUCGACUUUCCCUCCAAAAUCUUAGGUCCCUCCCAUCAUUAUAUAGAUUAAAUUUUUUUACAUAAAAAAAUACGCGUUACACUUUCAAAGCUUUCGAUCGUACUUCACAUGUCACGUAUAUUUUGGUAUAUAUUAUGGUUAUCUCGUAUACAUGUAAAGCUUUAUUAAAAAAGAGUGUGUGAGACGAGAUCGAAUAGAAAAGAGCGGCAGGAAAAAUCCUGGGAAAUCAAAAUUACUUCAAUAUGCACCUUGUUGCGGUGAAUUUUUGUCCGCUCUUUUAUUCAUUAUUUCUUUUUCGAUCUUCUGAUAAAGAGAAAGCGAAAACGAGAUAACUAAAAGGAAAAAUCGUCAAAUCGCCUCUCGCGUUUUGCUUAACUCUUUAAUCAAUUUUAAUUCAAUUAUAUUACUAUUUAUUAAAAGAAAAGAAACUUAUUUAUUGUUUAGAGAUCUGACUAAAUUGCAAAACGUUUUAAUUAUAUCGUAAAUUAUCUAUUAUUAUUUAGCGACGAGAGAUGGAUGGGGCAGAGUGACGCGUUCUUUUCCUACUUUGGGAAUUUUCGAGAAAACUCUGUCGUGUAAAAAAGAAGAAACGAAGCUACAUCUACAGUGAUAAAUACGAUCGUUGUAUCGAAUUUGUGUACAUGCAGCUAUUAUAUUAUAUUAUAUUUAGUUAAGCGUUAAUUAAAUGAUUUACGCGGGCGCAUUGUUUUUUAUCCUUAUUUUCUACAAGUCUAUUUACAGCGAACUCUGUCAAAGUACCUGCUUCGAAAAAAACGAAAACGAUAAAAUCUGCGAAAAAAGAAAAGCAUAUUAAAAACAGGUACCGUCCCAUAUAUUAAACAGAAUUCACAGAAACAUGCGUACAUACCAUAUCCACACUCACACGCACACAGUCAUACAUGCAUCGCACUCUAUCAUACACACAUACAAUAAUUUAUAUACACUCGCCGAGCUGAGUUUUCAAUAAAAUUGGUUAAGCGAAUCGCCUCCGUGUGUCUUCGAUUCAUUGUAUAAAGGAAAAUGCAAGAAAAAAAAAAGCAAGCAAAGAGUUACUGUCGACAAAUUUUGGAACAUGUCUAAAACAUUUUUCCUAUGGUGUUGUCAAGACGAUGUUGAAUGUACAUAAGAUAUAAUAAAUAAUAUACCUUAUACGAUGUAAAAAAAA